CCCUGCUUUGUUUGGGUUCAAAUUUCACCGCCAGGUGGCAGUCGACAGUCUGAGAGCACAUGGCUCAAGAAGAGUCGACCACAACAAAGCGGGUUAUCUUCUUUCUUUAACGCAAGUUUUAAUUUACUCAAGGAUGGGGAUUGAAGGGGGUAGAUCUAUCCCUUCUACUGGAAUGACCCCUAAAGAACUGUGUGAAAAUGAUGAUCUUGCAACCAGUAUAAUAGUCGACCCAUACCUAGGAUUUGUGUCGCACAAAAUGAACACACGGUUCCGCCCAAUCAAAGGUAUGCAAGAAGAAUGGAAAGGGUGUGUAGAGAGGUUCAAGAAGCACCAGUGUUAUGAGAAAGCAUACAAGGAAUUGAUGUCAGGAGACUGGGGAAGAACAUGUUUACUCACCAAAUCCAAAGCACAACAGAAAACAAUGAAGGAACAUAUGUUCAGGUUCCUUCAAAUGUUUGAUGCACAAGCUGGGUUUGAAAUCAUGGCAUGUCAUCGUUACUCUGCAGAGGGGGAAAUGGGUGGAAAGCUAGUGGCAACUAGAAAGUGGAAGAAGCAAGAAAAGAUAAAAAUGCUAGUGGGGUGUAUAGCUGAGCUGACAGAAGAAGAAGAGGCACAGAUCUUAAGACCAGGGGAAAAUGAUUUCAGUGUGAUGUACUCCUGUCGCAAGAAUUGUGCUCAGCUUUGGCUAGGUCCUGCUGCCUACCUCAACCAUGACUGUAAAGCCAACUGCAAGUUUGUGUCGACUGGUAGAGAUACCGCUUGUGUUCAGACCCUGAGGAAUAUUGAUCCAGGAGAAGAGAUAACUUGUUUCUAUGGAGAAGAUUUCUUUGGAGACAACAACUGCCUGUGUGAAUGUGAAACUUGUGAAAGACUUCAGCAAGGUGCCUUCAAGCCAAAGCAUACUCCUCAGAAAAAAUUAGCCAAUGGCUACAGACUCAGGGAAACUACUGACAGAAUCAAGAGCAAUCAGAAUCAGACCAAUAGUCAAAAACCUUCUGCAAAGUCUGUGAUACCUGUACCAGGGAUAGACAACUGGGAUAAGCGGUCCAAUAACCUGACCAAGCACGCACACCUUCUGACUAAGGCCGAGUUGAAAAAGCGAGGGAUUACACGCUAUGACGCGGAGAUGCUGCUUUCUCAAGGUCACAAACUACCUGACCCUAAAGCUUUCACGGAGAGAGAAUCAGGAAAGAGGGGGACAGAGAGUAAGAUAGCAGACUUAGCCCAGAGAAGGGGAACAAGGGGAGACACAUCACAAACAAGAAAGAACUUGUCUCCAUCUCACUUUAGCUGGUCUCCUUCCAGGUUCAAUGGUUCUCCGACAAGAUUUGGAACUUCUCCCACGAGACGCACACGGUUUAAUUCCUGUGAUGCUGAUUCAACAACGGAAAAUUACGUAGAGAACAAUAUUGUUCGUAAUGCAUCACCAUCUAGAAUUACAAGGCGGAUGCUUAGUGCCCCUGAGACAUCCUUGAGAUUGUAUGACGAUUCUGAAUUCAAAGAUGGAAGCGAGACUAGUGGUAGCAUGGGAAGUGAACUGUCCGAGUCCAGUUCAGAUAUACAAGACAUCGGAGCAAAACUUCGUAGCUCUCAUGGGAAAUAUGGAUUUCACAGUAUGAACGGUGAUGCAACAGAUAGUCAAUGUGGAGGAAUGCUACAGCUUAAAAUUCCCAAAUUGAAAAUCAAAAUUAGGAGAGACCAGGAUGAUGAAGGCUAUGAAAUUUUGGGCACAACAGCAUACAGACGUAAAUCCAAGAAGAAAAAAUCCAAGAGCAAGAAGCACAGGGACAAGAAGCGGUUUAGUGAGAGCUUUUAUGCAGGGAGUGAUGAAGAGGUUUUGGAGAGAAAAACUAAUUUGAAGAGACUGAAGCUGAAGUUUGGAGGAGACUCUAUUGACAUUGACACAUGUAUUCCCCCUAGCAAAAGGCAGCGUAUAUAUUAAUGAUAACCAUGUGUUAAUUUCUAAAUUUUGAUAGCGUAGAUAUUUUGCUGGAUUCAAAUGGUAACAUAGGUUGCUGAAAAAAAAAGUUCUAGGCUCUUUGGUUAUACUUUUUAGUAAUUUGGUGCAAUAUCUUGGAUUAUUCUUGGCAAAAGGAGAUCAUUCGUUUGUUCUCUAAAAUCAUUAAGUGCAAUUUACUUUCAUUGUAUGUUUUUUUGAUGUGUUCCACCAAUUUGACUUUCAUCUUGCUGAAAACAUGUACAUUUCAAGCACUCCUAUGUAUUCAGAAUCAUCAUUCAGUUCAUUUUUAGGCAUCAUGGUUUCAUACUUUGCUAUAUGGAUAUCAGUUUGCUUUCAAGAGCAUUUGGAACUUGGUCUUAAUAGAUGUAGUACUAUUAAUGAAUUAGUGUGGAUCUCCUUUGUAUUUGCAAUUCUGUCAAAUGUUAAGAUGUUGCUUAAAAAAAAAACAAUGGGUAAGCUUGUUUGGAAGCAAAGUCUUAAGAGAAGUUACCUUUCACUAAAGUAAAUAA